ACCUUAAGGUGGUAGAAGCUUUUCUAUGUUCACUUCGAGAGCUCGCUAACACUGAUAAGAGGACGAACAAAGUUGCAAUAAUUAUACGCCCACCAUGGAGACUCCAGAUUUUGGGGGUGCCUCUUCCGUUUCAGAUCUUUGCAUGGAAAGCGAGUUACCCAAGUCAAAUUUUCAGACAACAUCAAAUUCUUAACGAUGCCACUUCCGAGGUUCAACCGUUCUUUACUGGGAAAAGUUUUAGCCUCCCAUUUCUAUGCUAACCGUUUGCCCCGUGUUGCUCUCAGUCUUUAUUCAGCAAGAAAUUCUGUUUUUUCUGCUUCUUAUUCAAUCGCUAAUGUUGGAGAUCAACAUGAGGGUAAAUGCAACAUUAAGAAUUUCAAUGAUGAUUUGGGGAAAGUGGGUUCUGGUUUUCCAGGGGAUUUUGGUUUUACUGCAAGUCUGAAUGAUGCGGUAGAAGAAGAGGAAGAUGAGGAGUGUGAAGGAGAGGGGCCUAGUGAUGAUGAGAGUCUUGAGUUUAUCAGUUCCUUUCAUGGCAGUCACCAACAGAGAGAAAAUAUUGCAAGAGUUGAAAUUGGUGACAGUGAGUUUAGACACCCUUUGGUCAGGGAGGUUUGUAGGUUAAUCACUCUCAGGUCUGCUUGGAACCCUAAAUUUGAAGGACAUUUGAGGCAUUUAUUAAGAAGCCUCAAACCUCCACUUGUUUGUGCUGUUUUGCGCUCCCAGGAUGAUGAACGGGUUGCUUUGAACUUUUUCUAUUGGGCUGAUCGGCAGUGGCGCUACAGACAUGACACUAUUGUCUACUAUACAAUGCUAGAUGUCCUUAGCAAGACCAAAUUGUGCCAAGGUGCAAGGCGAGUUCUUCGGCUUAUGAACCGCCGGGGAUUUGAAUGUUCCCCUGAAGCUUUUGGUUAUGUGAUGGUAUCUUAUAGUCGUGCGGGAAAAUUGAGGAAUGCCUUGCGAGUUCUGACCUUGAUGCAGAAAGCUGGAGUUGAACCUAAUUUAUCUAUAUGUAACACUACUAUCUAUGUUUUGGUGAAGGGAAAUAAAUUGGCAAAGGCGCUGAAAUUCUUGGAACGAAUGCAGCUGACUGGAAUCAAACCCAAUAUUAUCACUUAUAACUGCUUGAUUAAGGGUUACUGUGAUUUAAAUCGGAUUGAAGAUGCAUUGGAGCUUAUAGCAGAAAUGCCAUCCAGGGGAUGUCCUCCAGAUAAAGUUAGUUAUUAUACUGUGAUGGCUUUUCUCUGUAAAGAUAAAAAAAUUGAAGAAGUUAAACAUUUAAUGGAGAACAUGGUUCAGAAUAGUAAAUUAAUACCAGAUCAGGUUACAUAUAAUACGGUUAUCCACGUGCUUUCAAAGCAUGGACAUGCAGAUGAUGCUCUUUCUUUCCUAAGGGAAGCAGAAGACAAGGGUUUCCACAUUGAUAAGGUAGGGUAUAGUGCAAUAGUUCACUCGUUCUGUAAAAUGGGGAGGAUAGGUGAGGCAAAGAUUUUAGUGAUCGAUAUGUACUCAAGAGGCUGUAAUCCUGAUGUAGUGACAUAUACUGCUAUUAUUGAUGGAUUUUGUCGCUUGGGGAAGAUAGAUGAAGCAAAAAAGAUGCUGCAGCAGAUGUACAAACACGGGUGCAAGCCAAAUACUGUAUCGUAUACAGCUUUGUUGAAUGGCCUCUGUCGCAAUGGAAAAUCAUUAGAGGCAUGGGAGAUGACAAAUGUAAGUGAGGAGCAUUGGUGGACGCCAAAUGCCAUCACUUACUGCGUUGUCAUGCAUGGGCUCCGUAGGGAGGGAAAAUUGUCUGAGGCCUGUGAUUUGACCAGGGAAAUGGUUGAAAAAGGUUUUUUCCCAACCCCAGUUGAAAUUAACCUGCUAAUAAAAUCUCUCUGUCAAAAUCAGAAAGUAGUAGAAGCUAAAAAAUAUCUAGAAGAAUGUCUGAAUAAGGGAUGUGCCAUCAACGUUGUAAACUUCACUACUGUAAUCCAUGGUUUUUGCAAGAUGGGUGACUUGGAAGGUGCUCUAUCAGUGCUAGAUGACAUGUAUUUAAGCAACAAACAUCCUGAUACUGUCACAUAUACAACAUUGUUUGAUGCAUUGGGAAAGAAAGGUAGAUUGGAUGAGGCAGCUGAGUUAAUUGUAACAAUGCUUGGCAAAGGUUUGGUUCCAACUCCUGUAACAUACCAGUCGGUUAUCCACCGUUAUUGUCAAUGGGGUAGAGUUGAUGACUUGAUGAACUUGUUGGAAAAAAUGCUUGCUAGGCAGCCAUUUAGAACAGUGUACAAUCAGGUUAUUGAAAAGCUUUGUGAUUUUGGGAACCUUGAGGAGGCUGAGAAACUACUAGCGAAGGUUUUGAGAACAGCAUCAAAACUUGAUGCUAAUACAUGUCAUGUUCUGAUGGAAAGAUAUUUGGAUAAAGGGUUUGCUCUUUCAGCAUAUAAAGUGGCUUGUCGAAUGUUUAGACGUAAUUUGAUUCCUAAUUUAAAGUUGUGUGAGAAAGUAAGUAAGAAACUGGUGUUAGAUGGUAAAUUGGCGGAGGCUGAUAACCUUAUUUUACGAUUUGUUGAGCGUGGAAUACAACAAAAUGAGAUGCAUCUGUGAAGUUAGCUACUAUUUUUAGCUUAAGCUUUAAAGGGAUGAUUUUAUUUUCACCUCAGUUUGUCAUUUUCCCUUGUUGGUAUUCCAUUUCGUUGCCUUCAAUUAGGUAAGGCAUUAUUUUUUGAGAAAAAGAUUAUUUUGUUUUGAGAAUGUAAAUUUAACUCAUAAGAUCAUUUUAUCUUUUAUGGGGAUAGUGAUGCGCAUAUUUAAAUUUUAAAUAGAGAGAGGAGUUU